AACAAAUUAGGGUCGGCACGCGACGGCCCAUGGGCCAUCCAGCAAAGAAUCUCAAUUGUGACCAGGGCUACCAUUGCUUGCAGGCCGAAAAGGCGAAAAUGUGACCACUGACCCACUCACCCUGUCAAAAAAAAAAAAAACACCAAACAAACAAACAAACUCUCCCACAGAAUCAAAAUCAGCUCACCCACUCAGCUUCCUAUCCCGCAGCGGCGCACCCCCCCUCGCCGGCAGCCGGCGGCGGCGAGUACGUCUCCUGCCGUUACCACCAGCAAAUUCCCCCCCCGUUGCGGCCACUCCCCACUUCCCUCUUCCUGCUUGGUCGCGCCUUCGUUGUGCUCAUCUCUUCUCCCUCCGAGUCCAGGCGCGGGCAGGAAGUGGGAGGAGGUCCAGAUGCUACUAUGCUGCUGUCCUUUUCCCCACCAAAUCGAGACCUGUGCUCCGCGCUCGCCGUUUCACCCGAGCUGCUUGCCGCGGAGCUCGCUCAGCUCCGGGGAGCAGGGGAGGAGCAAAAAGAGCAAGUUCCACCGCGUCAGGGCGCAGGUUUUCAAGUCCAAGAACCAGUCUUUGCGCUCCCAAUCCCACCGGGAUGAUGGCCACGGGGACCCUACGGAUAAAAUCCCGAGAAAGGAUUUGCCUUGUUCCGCGGCGCCGUCGCUGCCGGACGCCGGGGCGGUCGCGCUCUGGCUGCGUUACUGCCGGAGCGCGCUCGACGUCCGGAGAACGCACGCGGUUGCCCUGCGGUCGCUCGGCAGCCUGGGGAUGUUCGUGUCCAACAAUUUGAUCAGCGCUUACGUGCGGUUCGACGAGGCUGCUAAUGCGAGGAAGGUGUUCGACGAAAUGCGCGAGAGGAGCGUCGUGUCGUGGACGGCUAUGAUGAAUGGGUAUCAGAAGCUUGGCCGCCACGGUGAGGUUGUGAGGCUUUUGAUGGAUAUGCUGGCCACUGGCAUCGAAGGUAACAGCUUGACUUUUGUUUGCCUGUUGAAAUCCUGUGGGGAGCGAUGUGAUGCCAAGUUGGGGCAACAGGUCCACUGUUGCGUUGUGAAGGGUGGCUGGAGCAAUGUGAUAGUGGACAGCGCUGUCGCACACUUCUAUGCUCAAUGCGGUGAUGUUGCCGCUGCUUCAACUGUGUUUGAUAGGAUGGCUUCCCGCGAUGUUGUCUCAUGGACAACGAUGAUCACGGCUUAUGUGCAGCAUGGGCAUGGUGACAAAGCUCUUCAGAUGUUUCCAAAAAUGGUGUCUGAGGGAUUUCGCCCCAAUGAGUUCACUGUUUGCAGCGCCCUCAAGGCUUGCGCAGAGGAGAAGGCUCUAAGAUUUGGGAAGCAGUUGCAUGGUGCGAUUGUGAAAAGGCUGUACAAAUAUGAUAUCCAUGUCGGGAGUGCACUUGUCACUAUGUAUGCCAGAUGUGGUGAGGUAUUUGAUGCUCAGGCAGUGUUUGAUAAGAUGCCAAGAAGAAACACUAUUACAUGGACUUCAAUGAUCUCUGGAUACGCUCAAAGUGGGUGUGGUGAAGAAGCUGUCUUGUUGUUCCGAAAGAUGAAGAUGCGCAGAGUAUUUGUCAACCAUCUUACUGUUGUUGGCCUCCUUAGUGCUUGUGGCUCUAUGCAGUCAAUUUAUCUUGGAAAAGAACUUCAUGCACAGAUAAUAAAGAACUGUAUGGAACAGAAUCUUCAGAUUGGGAGUACGCUUGUUUGGUUUUAUUCCAGAUGUGGGGAGCAUACGUAUGCUGCAAGAAUUCUAGAAGCGAUGCCUGACCGUGAUGCUGUCGCAUGGACAGCUAUGAUUUCAGGCUAUAACAAUCUUGGCCAUAAUGUUGAAGCACUUAAAUCAUUAGAUGAGAUGUUAUGGGAUGGCGUGGCACCAAAUACUUACACUUAUUCCUCAGCUUUGAAAGCUUGUGCCAGAUUGGAGGCUCUUCGAGAUGGAAGGAGGAUCCAUGGUGUUGUUAACAAGACCCAAGCUUUCUCAAAUGUCUUUGUGGGAUGCUCACUGAUUGAUAUGUACAUGCGGUGUGGGAAAGUCGAUGAAGCUCGAAGAGUCUUCGAUGCCAUGCCAGAGCACAACUUAGUGACAUGGAAAGUGAUGAUUACAGGAUUUACUCAGAAUUGCCUCUGUGAAGAGGCUUUAAAAUACAUGUACCUAAUGCAGCAAGAUGGGUAUGAUGUUGAUGACUUUGUGCUUUCGACGGUUUUGUCUUCAUGUGGAGGUCAUCAGUUGAAAUCAGACUGCAUCCUCAAUAACCUGUCCACUUUCAGUGAAGUUUUAGACUAGUUAGCGAAUACCAGCAAAAUGCUGGUACAACUGUACAAAGUCACUGGUUGGUCUCAGGAUUCUGGAACAAGUUUCUUUGUCUGAUUGUGCAUUUGAAAACACAACGAGAAGCCUGUCAUUUCAAGGUGUGGGUACAUAUAUCUGUACCUCAAAGCAACCUCUACUAACUAUUUUCUUCUGUUUCCUUACGAAGCUGUGUAUAUACCAUAGUUCAAGCAUUUUUAGCUUUGUUGCAACCAGAAUAGUUCUUGCAGUUUAGUUUAUAUAUCCUGGAUGAAUGGGAAUUUGUCUACUUCUGUAAACAGGUUUUCAUCGUACUGAUAGUGCAUUUAUUUGGUAUUUUAUAUGUUAA